AUGGAGCAGAACCAGCUGGACCGAGAAACCUUUUCCUGUUCGAUCUGUCUGGAUCUACUGAAGGAUCCGGUGACUAUUCCCUGUGGACACAGCUACUGUAUGAAGUGUAUUAAAAACUUCUGGGAUGAAGAGGAUCACAAAGGAAUCCACAGCUGCCCUCAGUGCAGGGAGACCUUCACACCGAGGCCCGUUCUGAAGAAAAACACCAUGUUAGCAGCUUUAGUGGAGCAGCUGAAGAAGACUGGACUCCAAGCUGCUCCUGCUGAUCUCUGCUAUGCUGGACCUGAAGAUGUGGCCUGUGAUUUCUGCUCUGGAAGAAAACUGAAAGCCAUCAAGUCCUGUUUAGUCUGUCUGGCCUCCUUCUGUGAGAAACACCUUCAGCCUCAUUAUGAUGUGGCUCCAUUAAAGAAACACAAGCUGGUGGAGCCCUCCAAGAACCUCCAGGAGAACAUCUGCUCUCGCCACGACACAGUGUCAGCUGCAGCAGAAAGGACUGAGAGGCAGAGAGAGCUGGAGGUGAGACGAGAAAACAUCCAGCAGAGAAUCCAGGACAGAGAGAAAGAUGUGAAGCUGCUUCAACAGGAGCUGGAGGCCAUCAAGCACUCUGCUGAUAAAACAGUGGAGGACAGUGAGAAGAUCUUCACUCAGCUGAUCCGUCUCAUCCAGAAAAGAAGCUCUGAUGUGAAGCAGCAGAUCAGAUCCCAGCAGGAAACUGAAGGGAGUCGAGUCAAAGAGCUUCAGGAGAAGCUGGAGCAGGAGAUCACUGAGCUGAAGAGGAAAGACGCUGAGCUGAAGCAGCUCUCAGACACAGAGGAUCACAACCAGUUUCUCCACAACUACCCCUCACUGUCAGCACUCAGUGAGUCUACACACUCAUCCAGCAUCAAGAUCCGUCCUCUGAGCUACUUUGAGGAUGUGACAGCAGCUGUGUCAGAGCUCAGAGAUCAACUACAGGACAUCCUGAGAGACGCAUGGACAAACAUCUCACUGAGACUCACUGAGGUGGAUGUUUUACUGUCAGAACCAGAACCAGAGAGCAGAGCUGGAUUCUUGAGAUAUUCAUGUGAAAUCACACUGGAUCCAAACACAGCAUACAGUUAUCUGUUACUAUCAGAGGGGAACAGGAAGGUGACAAGGAUGAAUCAACCUCAGUCUUAUUCUAGUCAUCCAGACAGAUUCACUGGUUGUUAUCAGGUUCUGAGUAGAGAGAGUCUGACUGGACGUUGUUACUGGGAGGUGGAGUGGAGAGAGAGAGUUUAUGUAGCAGUCGCAUACAAGAAUAUCAGCAGAGCAGGAGGAGUGAAUGAAUGUUUAUUUGGACGUAAUGACAAAUCCUGGGCAUUAGUUUGUUACCAAGGAGGUUAUGAAUUUGGUCACAACAACAUCUGGACCUCCAUCUCAGGUCCUGGUUCCUCCAGAGUAGGAGUGUACCUGGAUCACAGAGCAGGUAUUCUGUCCUUCUACAGCGUCUCUGAAACCAUGACUCUCCUCCACAGAGUCCAGACCACCUUCACUCAGCCGCUACAUGCUGGACUUUGGGGUGGAGGUUCUGCUGAGUUCUGUAAACCCAAAUAGACAGAAUCCACUGAAGGUUCAGUGAGUUUGAUUCUGGUUUUUAGAUCUCCAGCAGAUUAUUUUCUUGAUGGUUGUUGUUUUAUGUCUAAACUGCACAGAAAUCAAUAGUCAGAGAUUGUCAGCACUUGUUUUCCUUCAGAAUUGAUGUUCUGGUUCUGUUGGGUUUGUUCAUUUCUCAAC